GCCCCAAUUGAAAGUGUGUUCCCCACCCGAUCCAACGGAUCCAUUUGAUUUGACGCAUUUAAUUUUGAGAAAAAUUAUUUCGAAAAUUUUGGUAUUUUAUUGAUUUUCAGAAAAGGAAGAGGAGUGAGAAUUUUCUCUUUUCUUCCAUUCCAUCGAAUUCUCACUGUCUUCUUCAAAUUCUCGAUUUCCUCUGUAACUGGUGGCAAUAGUAAUUACCUGCUACAGAAACCCUAAUUCCCAAACACGAUGAUGAGAGGUUCGAAGCGUAUGGCCGUGUCGGAACCCAACCACUCCGAUACCACGGAAACCGCCGCCUUCCGGAAUAAAAGAGUAAUGGAAGGAUCUCUGUUUGAUGCCCAUAGGGCUGAACCGUCCCAACAACCAACGGUUUCAACACCGCCUUUGGAUAUGAAACGGGCAGAGUCAUCACAGCAGCAUGUGAGAGCUUUAAAUACCCAGUUUGCAAGCUGGAUUCAAACACAACUAAAGAAUCAUCCUGAUGAGCUCUGGGAAGAUGGUGUAAGAGAUUACCUCGAUCAUGCUUCAAGCAUUAUGGAGAAAUUUAGUGAUGUGGUCAGCUGGCUCAAAGCAAAUGCAACCAAGGCAGAAAUUUUGGCUCCUGAUGGUGGUACUUCUUUUGCUGGGAAAAAGUUCUUUCCUGAAGCAACAAACAAAGAAAAUAAAACUUUUGGAGAAAAAACUGGGUCUACUCCUUUUAGUACCGCAACAACUUUUGCUGGGCAAAAGUACUUGCCUGAGGUAUCAAACAAAGAAAAUAAAAUUUUUGGAGAAAAUACUGGAUUUACUCCUGUUAGUACAGCUACAACUUUUGCUGGGAAGAGCUUCUCGCCUGAGGUAUCAAACAAAGAAAAUAAAGCUUUUGGAGAAAAAACUGGAUUUAGUCCUGUUAGUACAGCUACAACUUUUGCUGGGAAGAUCUUCUCACCUGAGGUAUCAAACAAAGAAAAUAAAGCUUUUGGAGAAAAAACUGGAUUUAGUCCUGUUAGUACAGCUACAACUUUUGCUGGGAAGAGCUUCUCGCCUGAGGUAUCAAACAAAGAAAAUAAAUCUUUUGGUGAAAAAACUGGGUCUCCUCCUGUUAGUACAACUACAACUUUUGCUAGUUCUUGGACCCCUGGAUUAUUUUCAAACAGUCAAAACGUUUUUGCAUUUGGAAAUCAAAGUUCAGCUCCAUCUAACCAUGGCGCUUCAGAUGAUGUAGAUGGUGAUAAUGACGAGGAGCAGCCUAGCAGCCCAUCAGUGAAGAAGUCUGAAGAGAAAGGUGUAGUAGUUGUACAUGAAGCGAAGUGCAAGCUUUAUGUGAAGUCAAGUGAUCCAGCAGAUAAUGAUGCCUGGAAAGAUAAAGGAAUGGGCCAACUGUCUAUUAAAUGCAAAGAGGGUGUGAGCAAGGCUACCCGAGAGUCCAAACCUACAAUUGUUGUUCGAAAUGAGGUAGGGAAAAUUCUUCUCAAUGCCUUGUUGUAUCCAGGAAUCAAGACAAAUCUACAGAAGAACUCCGUUGUUGCCAUAUUUCAUACUUCGGGUAAUCCUGAUGGAAGUGGUGGAGAUAAUGAUAGUGUUGUUGCACGAACAUUUUUGAUCCGGAUGAAAACAGAAGAUGAUCGAAACAAACUGGCUUCAACUAUUCAAGAAUAUGCUCCAACAUCUUGAGAGUACAAGAGUCAUGAUUAUUGUGCCCCCUUGAGCCUUUAAAUGUAAACGGAUAUUGGAUAGGAUUCCAAUUUUUCCUUUCCAAAAAAUUCGUAUUUUUUUAGUUGCCAUUUUUCAGAUGUGUUGCCAAACCUUUGUCUUUAGAGGUUGUUGCUUAUGUAUCGUAAGAGAAGAAUGUGGUUGGCUUUUGGACUUUGGUCGGCUAAAGUCCUUUUUUGCUAUGGAUAAAUGCAAUUGUCGUCUAA